GAAUAACUUGUGGGAGGGAGAGAAGGGAGGUGGAGUACAGAGCAAUAGUGUAGUGUAGAAACCGCCUUCUCUCUCUUCAGUCUCCGGUCCGAGCAGUCUGAGCUCAUCAGCCAGCCGUUGGAGUAGAGCUCCUCUUGACGCGCAGAGAGCAGAACACCAGGCUACUCCCCUACGAUGCGCUGCCUGUCAGCAGUGCGGCAGCAGCUGUAGCUAGCGCGGUAGUGCGGCAGGUCGCUUCCCAUGGUCUCCCCAGCCAAAACUGCACUUUCUAUGGACAGUUCGCCAAGUGCACUUCUUCAGAGAACGGCUGUUGGUGUCCGGUUUCCCUGAAUACCUCUCCCUCUCUCUCUCUCUCUGGCUGGCUGGCUCUCCCGGUCUCAUCGCUGGGGGUUGCCGUGUGAUCUGAUCUCCGACCUGUCCUCGCGACCCACCGGGAGGGGGGACACGACACAAUCACCACCCAACACGCGCUCGACUGGGGCCAGGCUGUGCGAGUCACGGAUCGCCCCCGAGUCGCCCACCGCGCUCGCCCUCGGGCUUGCGCCCAUGGAGGGUGACGUUAUGGACAAGCUGGAGGACAUGGCCUCGGUUUAUGAGUUCGACCCGAUCACCGGGAACAUCCCCGCUACUAAAGUAGAGAUCACCGUCUCAUGCAGGAAUCUUCUAGAUAAAGACACAUUCUCCAAAUCUGACCCAUUAUGUGUGCUCUACACCCAAGGAGUGGAGACCAAGCAGUGGAGAGAGUUUGGGAGAACAGAGGUGAUUGACAACACGCUAAACCCAGACUUUGUCAGGAAGUACAUCCUGGACUAUUUCUUUGAGGAGAAGCAGAAUCUACGCUUUGACUUAUAUGAUGUGGACUCUAAAAGCCCAGACCUGUCCAAACACCCUUCUGAUCUCAACGACUUCUUGGGUCAGGUGUUCUGUACCCUGGGGGAGAUCGUAGGGUCACCUGCCAGUCGAUUGGAGAAACCACUGGGGGGGAUAGCUGGGAAGAAAUGUGGCACCAUAAUUCUAUCUGCAGAGGAGCUGGGUAACUGUAGAGACAGCGCGACGAUGCAGUUCUGUGCCAACAAACUGGACAAGAAGGACUUCUUUGGCAAGUCAGAUCCUUUCAUGGUGUUCUACAGGAGCAACGAAGACGGAACGUUUACUAUCUGCCAUAAGACAGAGGUGGUGAAGAAUACGUUGAAUCCAGUGUGGCAGUCAUUCACCAUUCCAGUCAGAGCACUCUGCAACGGGGACUUUGACAGAACGAUCAAGAUAGAGGUGUAUGACUGGGACCGAGAUGGCAGCCAUGACUUCAUAGGGGAGUUCACCACUAGUUACCGGGAGCUAGCUCGAGGCCAGAGCCAGUUCAAUGUCUAUGAGGUAGUGAAUAUCAAAAAGAAAAUGAAGAAAAAGAAAUAUGUGAAUUCUGGAACAGUGACCCUCCUCUCCUUUUCAGUGGAAUCAGAGUGCACCUUCCUGGAUUACAUCAAGGGAGGGACCCAGAUCAAUUUCACUGUGGCCAUCGAUUUCACUGCAUCUAAUGGUAACCCGUCCCAGUCCACUUCUCUACACUACAUGAACCCAUACCAGAUGAAUGCAUACGCCAUGGCCUUGAAGGCUGUAGGGGAGAUCAUUCAGGAUUACGACAGUGAUAAGAUGUUCCCUGCCCUGGGCUUUGGAGCCACGCUGCCCCCGGAUGGACGGGUCUCACAUGAGUUCCCCCUGAACGGUAACAUAGAGAACCCCUACUGUAACGGUAUAGAGGGCAUCCUGGAGGCCUAUCACGAGAGUCUGAAGACUGUUCAGCUCUACGGACCAACCAACUUCGCCCCUGUAGUCAACCACGUGGCCAGGUAUGCUGCAGCGGUUCAGGAUGGGUCCCAGUAUUUCGUCCUCCUCAUCAUCACAGACGGAGUCAUAUCAGACAUGGCUCAGACCAAGGAGGCCAUCGUCAAUGGGGCUAAACUGCCCAUGUCCAUCAUUAUCGUGGGAGUGGGACAGGCUGAGUUUGACGCCAUGGUGGAGUUGGAUGGUGAUGACAUCAGAAUUUCCUCCAGAGGGAAGCUUGCAGAGAGAGACAUUGUCCAGUUUGUCCCAUUUAGAGACUACAUGGACCGAACAGGGAACCACGUGUUGAGUAUGGCCCGGCUAGCCAAGGAUGUCCUGGCUGAGAUCCCUGAUCAGUUAAUCUCCUAUAUGAAGAGUAGGGGCAUCAAGCCCAACCCCGCACCGCCUCCCUACACACCCCCUGGACACACACACCACACACAAAUCUGAGCCCACCACACAAACCUUUACACUGAGUACUGACGAGAGACGGAGUCAAAGAUUUGCAGACCCUGGGAACUCUCUACUUCCUGAUUGGAACGUUGGGACAGGAAGUGAUGUAAUAGGAAGUAGUUGAAGCAACAGGUGUUUGUGUCAGGACUCUCCCGGACAGGUGACUCUCUGGAGAAGACAACAGCAUUUCUGUUCAUUGUGAUUAUAUAUAUUCUGUCUGUUUCUCUGAAGAAAGAGAGACGGCCAUGGACAGACUGUAGUACAUUGCUGUACCGUACAAGGACUUGUCUUUUUAUCAACAUACACGGGCCAGUGACUGUUUAUUCUUGUCUUGUUUGAGAGCAGGUGGGUGAAGGGGUCAUGUGGGGUCAUAUUGUGGUUGAAACUUGUGCCUGUCUGUGAUCUGGUUGUCUAACUGUAAUGGGACAAGUGGAACCCUCAUCUGAACUCUGAUCUUUGACUUUUGACCUGGCUCACCAUUGGUGUAUUAGUGUGUGUGUGUUAAGGUGAUGUUUUUUAGAUACUUUUCCAUUCGUUUCUGUUUAGUUUUGGGCAUCAGACACAUCCUCAUAUUGAUUUGUAGCUUUAUUGUUUAAGGUUGGAAAAAAGAAAAGUGUAUUCAACCUCUGAGUUUUCUUUUUUAGUCAUUUUGUGUCUUUGCUUUUCAUACUCCCAUAAGUUGUAGACUCUUCUCUUGCUUUCUAUUUUAAAGCAUGUUCGUAUAGGAUGAAAUUCCCCAGUUGUCUGUAUUUAUAAUGCAUCAAAAGUGGCAUGGAUAUAUAAAGAUAUAUAAUUAAUAUGUGACCUUCCGGUUUGGAUUUCUCUAUUACAAACAAUGAUAGUUUAACAAUAUGGAAAAGCACAAUGGGAGAGAUCAGCAUAGCUCUCUAAACCACUUAACAACCACCAAAGGAAUGUAACUAUGCACAUCAGAGUUGGGACACACUAUAACCUGUCUACACAGACAUCAGAAGUAUUGCUUAAUUUUAUCACGGGUUUUGAUAGUUUACCAUGUCAUAUUUGGGAUCAGUCAAAGACAUUGUAGACAUAGAUAUAAUUACGCAAUUCAAGAGCACAAAAUAUAUACUACUCUUUCAACUACUAUUUUAUUCUCUCUUUCUCUCUUUCCAUCUCUCUUUCUUUCCAUCUUCCUAAUUCCCAUAGUGAAUUGAUUUUUGUUCGACAUUAAACCUCUGGAUAAAGACAUCAAAUGUAUUCACUUGAAUCACAUUUAAUUAUAUUGAAUCCUUUUCAUAAUCAACAAUCACUCAACAAUAACUUGCCCACCAGUCCUUUACCAUCCACCCCUCUCUCUCUCUGGUCACCCUGAGAAGAAGCCAUUAUUGUGUUAUAAUCAGAUGAAGCCAGGCUGAAAUUAAAUCAAGCUGAGGAGAAUAGACAGUCUGGAGACCUGGUGCGUAACACACAAAGACAGACAGAAGGACGGAUCUCCUCAGCUAGCUAAAUACUCUGUAGGCCUUAACGUACUGUAGACAGCAUUCCAACCAAGCCUGAUAAACAACUAAGGUUGAAAAAUUCCGUUAAGUUUCCCAAAAUGUUCAGGUUUUCAGGCAACCCUAUACACAGCUCCCUCCUCUUGGAGUUAUAAUCCCUAAAAGUACUGUAUGUUUUGGAAAUGGCUAAACCUGGUUAGUCUGAUUUUGUACAUUGUUGUGUAUAAUAUAUGGGGAGUAAAGACAAACGGUAUAUCUGAUAUCUUUACAGUUAAUUCUAUGGCUUGAUUUUUCUCCUUAUUGAGUGGUGUGGACCUAGAGUAUCAGGAGUGUGUGUGUGUGUUCAAUAAUAAGAGUGGUUUACAACAGUACAUAUUCCUCCCGAUCAACUUUAAGGAAAGCACUUUAUUCUAUUCCUUAAGAGGUGUACUGGUACUUCGACAGUAUGUUUAUUUAUAAUUGUUUAGAGAUAGUGAUGAUCUUAUUGAUAUAUUAUAUGAUGAUAACAUAAUUAUUUCUGGAAUGUGUAUGAUAAAAAGCCAUUUAUUCUGCCGACUACGCCACAAUAAUAGAAGUAGACUUGCACACUGACUUCAAUGGGGAUGUUAUUCGUUCUAGUAAUUAUAUUUCUAUGGCUACGAUAUAAAAAUACAGUAUCUCUCCUCAAUCGACCCCUGAUCUGUAGGGGUGCCAGAUUGUGUACCAGAUCCAUCCACUCACCUGGGGUGCAAAGACAGUGUUUUAUAUUCCGUGCCAACCAUCUGUAACACUAGCCCCAUUUAUACCUGGUUCUAACUUGUAUCCUUUGUCCUGAUCUUGUCCACAUUCUGAAUGCGCCCAGAUUUUUAGACAGGUGUAGACAAUCAAAAGACACAUGGUGAUCUGAUUGGGAUCAUUCUGCCCACCUCCGGAGGUAGUCAGACAUGCAUCGUGUCCGGAUAUCUUACAGGUGUAGACAGAUCUGGACAGAGAAACCAUUUAAAUCCUCAUUAUUCAGCCAUCUAACAUCAUUGACAAGUGGCACCAAUAACAGAUUACAUAAAUAUGUGUCUUACAAUAAAUAAAUAAAUAAAUAUUACUUUGAAAGAAUAGCUGUGAAGCAAUUUGCAUGAAAGAAUGGCCAGGAAAUCUGGUCACAAUGCAGAUGGAUAUCAGACACAUUUUAGACAUAAUUCUGUGUAGACACAUUUCUGGAAAUCUGGGCACAAUCAGAAUGUAGACAAGAUCAGGACAAAGGACACAUGUUAGCACCAGGUAUAAAUGGGAUUAUAGACACCAUUUAAUCUGGAUUAUGUCAAUGUAAGUGCCAAAUAAUGGCUGCAAGUUCAGUGGACUGUUUGCUUUCUCUUCUCUCUCUCUCGUGCCUGGCCAUUUCUGUUGUUACCGUGAGCUCUCUUGAUAGGAGGAGAUAUCACACAUGGGAAAAUCGUAGCCGACCAGCAUGUUUCAACAGUUAAUCGUUCAUUCUUUUUAUAAUUCUUUUUUUUUUUUAACCCCCUCUUUUCACCUUUGUUGUUUAUACCUCUGGGUUUCUAAUGUGCAUGGUUCUACCUUUUUUUUUGGAAGCGUUUUUUUUACAUGAUCGUUGUCAUACGGUGGGUUGUGAAAUGCUUUGUAUUGGAUUGCCUUAAAUGAAAAUGAAUUUUAAAAAACAAAUGACUACUUUUAUAAAAAUUGUUGCAGAGUUGUACUUUGAUGUCCCGAUUAGUUAAUUCAAUAAAGUUAAACCUGGACUGUA